UCCUCUUUUUCCAUUCACCUUCUACAACCCGGUGCGGUUUAAAGGUCAAAUAUGGCGAAUCUAAUCUUUUUUGUUUGACUUAACGGUUUAAGUUUAGAUUAUGAUGUUAUUUGCUACUCAUUUAUUAUGACAGUGCCGGAGACGGGGUCCGAGCGGCCUUCAUAAUGCCUUUUUUGACUUUCACUGGCACAGCCUGAUGACUGCAGUUCUGUCUUAUGCUGGAGCAGAGGCAUAGUUCUUGGCACAGUGUUGAUGCUGCAACUGUGCCACUGGAUCUUCUGGCUUUGAGCAAGCUUACCUGAUGCACUGCAACAAGAACACAUUUCUUCUCUAUGGCCCGACACAGCAAACUACAGCGGCAGGUCCUGGCUCUGUAUCGGCAGUUUUUGAGAGCUGCACGGGAAAAGCCUAGCUCUUUGCCUCGUAUCCAAGGGGAAUUUCGUCAAAAUGCUGUAAUCCCAAAAACUGACAUUAUGCAUAUCGAAUACCUUUACAGGCGAGGACAGAGACAACUGGAACAGCUUAAAGAUUCUAGCACAAAGGAAUGUGGGGCCUUUGUCAAAAGCAAAGCGGACAGCUAACAUUUUCAUGAUUCCUGUUAUAUGUGCAGACUGUUCAAGAAAACAAUAGCAACAAGUAAUCUAUUGAAACUCAACGUAAGAUUAUUGAAUGCACACACAGCCCACUUCAGACGCACUUCCUGCUAAUGAUGCAUUUGUAGAGUGUAAGAUGGAUAUGUGAAUUAUUACAUUUGAUUUGUACAGUUGCAUUAAAAAUGCACUUCUCCAUAUAAUCUGUUUUGUUAAGUAAAUCUGGGAACAUAGAUAGACUGACAGACAGACAGACAGACAGACACUUUAUUAAUCCCAGGGGGAAAUUCACAAUUAUUUAAUAAUUAUGUAUGAAGUUAUACUUCAUUACAGUUAUACUGCUGUGCUCCAAAUUCUUAUGCACGUGAUGUAUCAGUAGGAUUUCAUUUGCUUUUUAGUUUUUCAGUGGAAGUUCUUGCUUGUUUUGUGUCUUCUGUCAUUUUAGAUAUCUGGGAUCAAUCUGCCAAGUGAUCUUCAUUAAAGGGAAACCUACUUAAGGAGGUUGUUCCACAUUAUUAAGCAAGUCACCGUUCUCAUGCAAUAUAGGAAGAAAGAAAGAUCUUUCUGAAGACAAAAAAUGUGAAAUAGUGCAAUGUCUUGCAAAAGGCAUGAACACAAUUGAUAUUUCACAAAAACUGAAGAGGGAUCAUCGAACUGUGAAAAGAUUUGUGUAUAAGGGCUUGUUAAGGAAAGUUUCUGUCAGGCAAAUACACAGCAUUAAAGGAGCAGCUAGUUAAAAGCCACUAAUGAGCAGCAAACAGGUAUUUGAAGCUGCCGGUGUCUCUGGAUUCCCAAGAACCUCUCGAUGCAGGAUCCUCCAGAGGCUUGCAGGUGUGCAUAAAGCUGUAUUUUGGCCACCCCUAACCAUUGCUCACAAAGAGAAACAUUUGCAGUGGGCUCAGAAGUACAUGAAGACUCAUUUUCAAACAGUUUUAUUCACUGGGGAAUUCCUUGCUGCACUGGAUCGCUCAGAUGGAUGGAGUUCUGGGUGGUUGGUGAGUGGCCACCCUGUUCUAAGCAGACUGCAAGGAGGUGGUGGAGUGAUGUUUUGGGCUGAAAUGUUGGGAAGUGAGAUGGUAGGUCCCUUUAGGGUCCCCGAGGGUGCCAAAAUGACCUCUGCAAAAUAUGUAGAAUUUCUAACUGACCAUUUACUGCCAUAGUAU